UCAGUGUGGUUUAACCAUGGCCUGCUGUGAUUCACUGGCUGCAACUCUUGAAGAAAAAUCCUCAAGUCUUAGAGAACUGAAUUUAGGAGUAAAUAAUCUACAAGAUCUGGGAAUUGAAAUCCUCUGUGCUGGACUGGAAAAUCCACAUUGUCAGCUGGACACUUUAGGGCUGUCUAACUGUGGGGUCACAGGGGAAGGUUGCACAAUUUUAGCCUCUGCACUGAGAUCUAAGUACUCACUUUUAAGGGAGCUGGACCUGAGUGAAAACAAUCUUACAGAUUCAGCCGUGAGGCCACUAUCGGUCUUGCUAGAUGAUCCAGACUGUAAACUAGAGAAGCUUAUCUUGUAUUAAAAUCAGGCCCGUUUGUACCACAGCACACAUCAACAUUUGAUGAAAGUGUAGCAGAAUGCUGCCAUACCUUACCACUGAUGACUGCACUUCUUCAUGUUGGUAAUUUAUAUGAUGCUUUCAUAUGAUGUUUUAUUUUUACAUUUAUAUUACACUAUUAUAUUCUAGUAUGAAUUACUGAGCAGAUAAUUAAAUUGCACUGCAAUAGUGUUGGUUGUACAAAGCCAUGCUUUCCAUUUGAUACUAAUAUGUACUAUGUACAGUUACAGUUGACUGAUGCACUGCUGUUGUUUUCAAAAGAUGGGCCAAGGUGUGCAAUGCAUGUUUUUUUUUUUAGAACUCAUAAGAAAAGGCUCAGAACCUCUUAACUGUAAAGGUCAUUAACACACUAUUUCCACUGCACCAUGCAAACACUGUGUCAUUACAAGAUGUAGCUCUAAAGCAAUCAGGAAGGUUGUUUGCAAAAAUUUAAUUGGUUAUGUAGUUUAAAUUAAUGCUAUCUUUAUUUUUUAAUGUGGCAAGACAUUUAUAAUGUAAAACCUUAAG